UAUUGCGGAAUGUUGAUGAAGCACAUGAAGCCUAGCUUUUCAAUAUUUCAUACAAUCUUUGCUUAAGCAAAGAUAGACAUUGAUCGAAGCUAGUAUGGGGAAAUUGAAGGCGGUGGUUGUUGUUACAAUGAUUUCCACCGCUCUAUCUAUUCUAUGGAGGGCAACGUUACAUUUAGAGGAUAAUGAAAGUUUUGUUCGAUGUCUUUUAGAUCAUUCUCACCCUUCUCAUCCCAUUUCAUCAGCAAUCUAUACGCCUAAAUCCUCCUCCUUUUCAUCUGUUUUGGAAUCUUACAUUAGAAACCUACGAUUCAACGAGUCCUCCACACCAAAGCCUUUCCUUAUUCUCACUGCACUCCAUGAAUCCCACAUCCAAGCUGCCGUUACUUGCGGUAAAAGCCAUGGGGUUCAGAUGAAAAUUCGAAGUGGAGGCCAUGAUUACGAGGGCUUAUCUUAUGUAUCUACUCUUCCUUUCUUUCUCCUCGACAUGUUCAAUCUUCGAUGCAUAGAUGUCGACAUAGAAACCGAGACGGCUUGGGUUCAAACAGGAGCCACUCUUGGCGAAGUUUUUUAUAGAAUCGCGGAGAAGAGCAAAACACAUGGGUUCCCAGCUGGUGUUUGCCCCACUGUUGGCGUUGGUGGUCACAUUAGUGGAGCUGGUUAUGGUAAUAUGAUGAGAAAAUAUGGUGUGUCUGCUGAUAACGUUCUCGAUGCUCUUAUUAUCGAUGCUAAUGGUAGACUCCUCGAUAGACAAUCUAUGGGUGAAGAUCUUUUUUGGGCCAUUAGAGGAGGUGGAGGUGCGAGCUUUGCUGUCGUUCUUGCUUAUAAAAUCAAGUUGGUUCGCGUCCCGGAGACAGUGACAGUGUUUCAGGUUGACAGAACUCUUGAAGAAGAUGCUACAGACAUUGUAGACCAAUGGCAACAUGUUGCAUAUAAUCUGCCUCAAGAACUCUUCAUCAGACUUAUGUUGGAUGUAGUAGUAAAAAGCAGUGGUGAAAAGACUUUGAGGGCUUCCUUCGUUUCCCUGUUUCUUGGAGAUUCAGAGAGCCUCCUUUCGAUCAUGAAGGAGAGGUUCCCCAAGUUGGGUUUAUCCAAAUCUGACUGCAUUGAAACAAGCUGGGUUAAAUCAGUGCUAUUUUGGUCCAACAUUCCACUCGAAACAGACAUUCAAGUGUUGCUUGAUCGAACUCCUCAAACAUUGGAUUAUCUGAAGAGGAAAUCAGAUUAUGUGAGAGAACCAAUCCCGAAGGCUGGUUUGGAGUCGCUUUGGAAGAAAAUGAUGGAGCUGGAAAAGCCUAGAAUGUACUUUAAUCCUUAUGGUGGAAAAAUGGCGGAAAUUGCAGCAGAAGAAAUUCCAUUCCCACAUAGAGCUGGAAAUCUAUGGAAGAUUCAAUAUCUGGCGAAUUGGAACGAAGCAGGGAUUGAAGCAGCAAAUCGUUACAUAGAUUUGACAAGGAGACUCCACGAGUUCAUGACUCCUUUUGUGUCAAAGAACCCAAGGCAAGCAUUUCUAAACUACAGAGACGCUGAUUUGGGAAGCAGCUCCCAUGGAAAAGCCUCGUAUUCGGAAGCAAGACUUAAUGGGAUGAAGUGGUUUAUGGGUAAUUUCGACAGAUUAGUGCAGAUUAAAACCGAGGUUGAUCCUACUAAUUUCUUUAGUUAUGAACAGAGCAUCCCACUUCUCCCGCACCAAGUACAUUUGGAUGAUGAUAUGUGAUUUUGUUUUUUGUUUUUCCUUCGAUUAGAGUUACAAUUUCACAAAAUAAAAAUAAAAAUUUAUGUCAUGUUUGACAGAUUUUUUGAAGGCCUCUUUUCAUCUAUGGGAUCUUAGGUAUAAAUAAUUUAAUUUUUGUUGGUUGGAUAAGAAGGAAAAUAAUUGUGAGCUCACUUGUAUUUAAAUAAAUCAUUUAUGAAUAUUGUUUGAUAUAA